GACGUGCGUGAAUCAUCAUUCGUUUUUCUGCUCCGAAUCUUCGUUAUACAUAACUGUCUCCUUGGUAGCCUGCUGCCUGUUUACGCAAAAACAGCUUCCGAUGUCGGAGGUUUUCGUUUGAUAGAUAUGCUGAACAAAAGUGCACGUCCCGGUUACAAAAGAUUCAUAAAGAAAUCCGCUGCAGUCUUGCUUGCUGUUGAAGUAAUAGGUUUUGCUGUCACCUACGCAGGCUGGAACCGACUCAACACCAAUAGAGAUUUCCGACAUUACAUAAAGGAAAACUACCCUUCAGUUUUGGAAAACUAUUACCAGCUGGGUGAAUACCUCAGCGGUGACACUACGAUUCGCAAUCACGACGAGUUGAUCUGGAGGCAAGAAAAGGCUGCCUCUUUAAACGCUACAUUAUUGGAUACAGUAGGUAAAUAAACGAUGAAUGUUUACAUUAAAUCGGCAGUCUAUCUAGCGGUCUUUGGCGGAAUUGGAUACGUACUGCUGGAAGUAACUAAACCUAACCAAGCAAAGUUGAACGAAAUUAAACGGCUGCAGGGACAAUCUGCGGAGGACACUACCAGCA